AUGUCUGAAAAAUGUUGGUUAAGGACCUGUAUCGGUGACGAAAUGUUGUGUACUUCUUCGCAUAUAAUUGAAAACAAGCAGAUGGAAUCGUUCGAAACCAAUAGUAGUAUUCCACGCGAAGUUUUUAGAAACGAUACAACAGCAGUCGAAGUUGUUGUAAAGCAAAUUAAGAAUAAGAAGAAAAUUGAAAAUCCAAAUCAUAAUGUAGAAGCUUUAGUAGAAAUAAACGACAGACUCUGCGAAGACAUGGCAAAGUUAAAAAGAGAAUUAAAUAAAGCUAACAGAAACUUGGAAGAUAUGAAAAAGUGUUUUAGGCUAGUAACGUUUGAAAUAGUGAAACAAUUAGACGCGGCCAAUCAAAGAGAGUUGAAACAGCAAACACAGUAUUUGCUCCAGCAAUUAGAGAAAGAAAAUUUAAAGACGGUAUUGGAGUCUAAGACAAACUUAGUGAGAAAACUACGAAAGGAAUUGAUUAAUGUAAAGCGUUUUUUUAAGAAAGUGAUCAAAGGCAUAAGACAUGUUGUUCCACUAUCUGAAACAUUCGUGCAAUCGGACCUAGAGUACACAGAAUUUGAAAGUGAUAUGAAAAUGAAGUUACCAAACACACAUAUCGUGAAUAAAAUGUUUGGCAGUCAUGAAGCCUCAUUCGAAACUAUAUUCUCGAACAAGGUUUAAUUAUUAUUAAUAGUUUU